CCUUCCCGAAUGACUGCAGAGGAAGCAUGCGGCCUGGUUUUCUCACAUUCUUUUCUUUUUAAAUUUCUGUUUAAUGUUUUUAUGACAAAAGGAUAACAGAAGAGAGGAGACAGCAAAGAGAAGAACAUGAAGAGUUUUAGGAAAACGGGAGCGGAUGUUGUUACAAAGUUGUCGGUUUCAGGUCAAACUGCCUCUUCUUUGGAGAGGGUUCGGAGUUUCUUCACUCGAGGAAGGCGAGGCCAGCCCAGAAUGAACGGCGAGUCAGGUGCCGGAGUGGUGACGGCCCCCCCUCCCACCACUGCCCCCCACAAGGAGCGGUACUUCGACCGGGUGGACGAGAGCAGUCCAGAGUACCAGAGGGAGAGGAACAUGGCACCGGACCUGAGACAGGAUUUCAACAUGAUGGAGCAGAGGAAGAGGGUCUCCAUGAUACUACAGAGCCCGGCAUUUUGCGAGGAGCUGGAGACGAUGAUCCAGGAUCAGCUGAAGAAGGGGAAGACGCCUACAAGCCUGCUGGCUCUGCAGCAGAUCGCAGACUUCAUGACCACCAGCAUGCCUUCCAUGUAUCCCGCUGCACCACAGGGAGGCAUGGCGGCACUGAACAUGAGUUUGGGGAUGGUGACUCCAGUCAACGAUCUGCGCGGCUCAGACUCGAUUUCCUACGACAAGGGAGAGAAGCUGCUCCGCUGCAAGCUGGCUGCCUUUUAUCGGCUCGCUGACUUGUUCGGCUGGUCCGAGCUCAUCUAUAACCACCUCACAGUCAGAGUGAACUCGGACCAGGAGCGCUUCCUUAUUGUUCCUUUUGGCCUCCUUUACAGUGAAGUUACAGCCUCCAGUCUGGUGAAGAUAAACCUUCAAGGUGAGGUUGUGGACCGAGGAAGCACCAACCUUGGGGUCAACCAGGCCGGCUUCACCCUGCACUCUGCCAUCUACGCUGCACGGCCCGAUGUCAAGUGUAUUGUACAUAUACACACACCUGCAGGGGCUGCGGUGUCGGCCAUGAAAUGCGGGCUGUUACCCAUCUCACCAGAGGCGCUGUCUCUCGGUGAAGUGGCCUAUCACGACUAUCACGGCAUACUGGUGGAUCAGGAAGAAAGUGCUCUCAUACAGAAGAACCUCGGGCCUAACAGCAAGGUGCUCAUCCUGAGGAACCAUGGCUUGGUGUCAGUAGGUGAAACAGUGGAGGAGGCUUUCUAUUACAUCCACAAUCUGGUCACCGCCUGUGAGAUUCAGGUGCGAACACUGGCUAGCGCUGGAGGGCCAGAUAAUCUGGUGAUGCUGGACCCGGGGAAAUACAAGUCGCGCCCACGGGUCCCUGAGCCAGCUGGGGAUGGGUCAGCAACACACCCCAAGUGGCAAGUCGGGGAGCAGGAGUUUGAGGCUCUUAUGAGAAUGCUCGACAACUUGGGCUACAGGACGGGCUAUCCUUACCGCUGCCCGGCCUUGCGAGACAAAGGUAAAAAGUACAGUGACGUGGAGAUCGCUUCCUCCGCCCACGGUGGUUAUUCAUACGGGGAGGACAGCGACUCAGGUGCUCGCUCCCCGCUGAAACACAGCUUCCAGCGCGGCCAGCGCGACAAGACCCGUUGGCUCAAUGCCGGCGGUCGCCCCGACGAGCCCUACGAGGACGGGCCCGACGGCAGCAGCCCCAAGUCGAAGCCUAAGGUGUGGACGAACAUAACACACGAUCACGUCAAACCCUUGCUGCAGUCUCUCUCGUCCGGUGUCUGCGUGCCAAGCUGUAUAACCAACUGCUUGUGGACAAAGGAAGAUGGGCUCCGCCAGGCUGCCGCAGCCAAUCAGUUCAUCCCGUUGAACACCAACCCAAAGGAAGUCCUGGAAAUGAGGAAUAAGAUCCGGGAGCAGAACCUGCAGGACAUAAAGACCGCAGGACCCCAGUCUCAGGUUCUGUGUGCAGGCACUGUGGUGGAGCGUUCUUUAAACCAGAGAAUGUCAAUCUGGCAGGACGCCCCUCUGUCUGACUGUACAGACACUAUUGAUGGCCUCGAUGUGUCCGAGGGGUCCUAUAGUCCUGCUAAAUCAAUUAGAAAGGGCGAAUUAAUAACUGCAUCAAAGGCCAUCAUUGAAAAGGAGUACCAGCCCAAGGUUAUUGUCAGCAAGCAGGGCCCCAACCCCUUCACCAAACUAACCGACCAGGAACUGGAGGAAUACCGCAGGGAGGUGGAGCAGAAACAGAAAGGAACCGAAGAUCCAGAGCAACAAGUAGAAUCUGAGGAGGAGCCCAAAGGCCCAAAACCCACCUCCACACCACCGAGCACCCCGGUCAGAGCAGAGGAAGAGUCCUUGCCAGAACAAACUUUUAAGGACGAGAGUGACGCAGCCACCCUGAGACAGACCCUUCCAGAUCUAACACCCGACGACCCAUCUGACGCUCCAGCACUUCCUGCCGAAGACUCCGCCUCGGCCCCUGCAGCCGCAGAAGCAGCCGAGGGGGAGGAACCCGCUGAUGCUGGCGACCAGGAGGGCGACGAGUCUCCCAGCAAGUCACCCUCCAAAAAGAAAAAGAAGUUCCGCACUCCUUCCUUCCUAAAGAAAAACAAAAAAAGACAGAGUCCUAGAUUGGAGAUUGUUGGAUCGGUCCUCAAGGCUGGCCUCGGCUUCUUUUCGUUUUCGCUUUUUGUCUGCUAUCAUCGCACCCUUCGAGCAAGCCACAGUUACACGCAGUUAUGCUUUUUGUUGUUUUGAUAUCAUUCGUUGCUGGCUUAUUAACCUCUUUUUCCUCGUUAGUGUGUGCCAAUUUUGUAUACAAUGUAAAAAUGAUUGCAUAAAGGUUUUUAAUUAUUAGAGGCUUUGAGUUGUGAGUGAGUGAUGCAUUCUGUCUCGUCCACUCCAUCUGGCCUUUUAUGCAUGUCUCUUACUACAAGCCCACACUCUUGAUGUGAGGUUUUAGGGUUUUAGCCCUCUUUUUUUUUAAGAAACAAGUAAUACUAAGUCAUUGUAACCACUAGAAUGUAUUGGGAUUGUAUCAAAAUAUGUCAAAAGUGUCUUUAAAAAAAACAGUAAAUGCAGGAAGAGCAGCUUGUACCCUCUCAUUUAACUGGUGGUGAAUUCUGACAGUGAAAAACUACAAAUUGCAUAGUUCUAAUUGCCCCUGAAGCUGUGCACCAAUGUAAUGACUUGUUAGCAGACCAAGAGAAGUACGGUUUGCACAUAGGCUAUAAAAUACUGGAAAAUGUGUCCAAUAAUGCAAUUUCUCUGAUUAAAUAUUUCACUACAUUCACUCUUAUCACAUCUGGAUGUUUCUUUACUUUUUUUAAAACUCCAAAUCUUUGACCUAAACGGCCAGAUAUGUUGUAAAGUGCUUACAAUCUUGAUACGAUGUGGCAGUUUGGUUUUGUCUUUCACAGGCCAGAUUCCUCAAAAAUAUCCGUCUGAGGUGCUGCAAACGUGCAGAUGAUAUUGUCUGAAGCUUUGAGCAUAGUUCACAGCAAAAUGUGUGUCAUCCCUGCAAGUGCGACAGGCUUUGUGCUUUUGGAUGCUUUCAGGGUUGAUGUAAUGUAUCUGCUACUGGCUAUAAGUCUUUAAUAUGAAGGAAUGUGUAAAACAAAUUCUCAGUUUGUGCUUUUCAUUUAUUCUAAUUAUUUGAGCUUGUUUUGCGUUUUGAUUUGUCUCUGAAGGUGAGAAACAAGCAGUGAUGCUACAUAUUGUGAGAUUUUAUUUUGUUCCCGAUUGUGUCACUACAUUUUUGCAACUUCUUAUGCCUUUUCUCACAUCGUAGAUUGAGCCGUGACUUCUUGCUGAGAGAGAGAGAGAGAGAGAGAGAGAGAGCACUGUGAACCUCCUCUUUUAUGUUUGGGAACUCAAACCACAUGUUGCUUUUAGAUGGAUGCAGUUCAUACAAAAAUGACAAUGCCACUGUUACAGUACAAAGCCGUGCGAGCAAUCAUGAAUCAGGACUUUCCUGUGUUUAAACUCCACUCUGAGCAGAAAUACUUUAAACACCCCUGUGCGCUUCCAGUUAAAGACACAAAUGUACACUGGAGAAUCACUGGAAUCAUGAGUUGUGCUGGAGGUUGCAGGGCAUUAGUACCGAGGCCAUUCCCAUGCUUUGCUUUACUUGUGUUUAGUCCUCCUGUUUCAACGAAGGUCGUCCAAGCUUCACCUUAUCCGAUGUGGUUAACAACCCUUUUUUCACUGCGAGUGGUUUACUUACACGCUACGUAUAAGCUGAAGGACUGCAUGUGGAGAGAGCUGAGAACGUGAGCUGUCCUAUAAAUGACUGUAACUACCCUCUUAUAUUUCAGUUCUGUUUUGUUUCACUUCUUGUGUGCCGAUAACAAUACUAAAGUCCUUGUAGUCAUUUCAGUCAUUUUUUAAAAAAAUCUCACAACUAUGCUGAUUUGUAUUCUCUGUCUGAACUACUUCCAAUUUAAAUGUCUCAUCAUUAUACCAUCUACAGACUUAAUACUUCACCUCUGUUUUCUCAUGGUUGCAGCCAUGAAUAAAAAACACUACCUUGAAAAUCA